UAUACUGUAGGUGGUUUGGUGCGGGUAUACGUGUUGUCCAUUAUUUUCAAGUAAUAACGUUUAAUUAUUUAUUUACACGGUACACCGCGAUAUAAAGUGUCCUGUGCGUGAAGUGUAUUACGAUCGUUGUUAUGGCCGAUUAAUUUUCAUUAGCGGUACAUGGAUUAAUCUGGUAGACGCGAACGAUUUUAUGACUUAUGGACCUUCGUUUCUCGAAAUUCUUUUGCUACCUCAUAAAUUGUUUACAAGUUGUUCACGCUGCUUUGCGACUAAGCAGAGCUCCCAGAACGUGCUAUUUGCGCUAGGAGUACAAUUUCCUUUUCAGGAAUCGUCCGCAAGCAUUGGAUUGACGUGAUGCAUCUUUACUAGAAGCAUUUGCGCGUUUUAUAACCUGACAACACGUCCGAAGUUUCUCUAUCUUUAUCAUGUCAUUGCAUCUUUGACAAAGUAUUAAGCGAUUUGGAACAAAUAAAUAAAUUCCAAAAUGUGGUCAUCACAAGGUAAUAACUCAAAUUCAAAUGCUUCAUCCAAAGAAGAAAAGAAUCUACGUACAUUGGGCAUGACAUCUGCUAUUAGUGUAGCAGAACCAAAGCCUAGUGAUUUUACUAGAACGAAUGAAUUGAAAGAAGCAUUAAAGCCUUACAAUGUAUUUGAGUCUGAAGAAGAGUUAAAUCACAGGAUGGAAAUUUUAAGUAAAUUAAAUGCACUGGUGAAACAAUGGAUACGGGACACAAGUAUUGCCAGAAAUAUGCCACCUAAUGUAGCUGAACAAGUUGGCGGUAAAAUAUAUACUUUCGGUUCAUAUAGGUUAGGGGUACAUCACAAAGGUGCUGAUAUCGAUGCCCUGUGUGUUGUACCACGUCAUAUCUAUAGGUCGGAUUAUUUUACAUCCUUCUUUGAGUUACUGAAAAUGCAAGAAGAAGUUACAGAUUUAAGGGCAGUAGAGGAAGCGUUUGUACCAGUAAUAAAAAUGAAUUUCGAUGGUAUUGAAAUUGAUAUGUUGUUCGCUAAACUGGCACUUAAAGAAAUUCCUGAUUCAAUGGAUCUUAGGGAUGAUAUGCUCCUUAAAAACCUCGAUCAAAAAUGUGUAAGGAGUCUUAAUGGCUGCAGAGUAACAGAUGAGAUACUCCGUUUAGUACCUAAUAUAGAAAAUUUUAGGUUGGCACUUAGAGCCAUUAAGUUAUGGGCAAAACGACACGGCAUAUAUAGUAAUGUAUUAGGGUAUCUAGGAGGUGUGUCUUGGGCAAUGUUAGUUGCAAGAACAUGUCAACUUUAUCCUAAUGCUGUUGCAGCAACGUUAAUAGAGAAAUUUUUUCUUGUAUUUUCUCAAUGGAAAUGGCCACAACCAGUCCUUUUAAAGCAACCUGACAAUGUUAAUUUAGGUUUUCCAGUUUGGGAUCCGAGAGUAAAUAUAUCAGAUAGAUAUCACUUAAUGCCAAUAAUUACUCCCGCGUAUCCUCAACAAAAUUCGACAUUUAACGUGUCGGUAUCAACGAGAACCAUCAUGCAAGAUGCCUUCGAAACCGGGCUUUCGAUAACGGAAGAAAUUAUCAUGGGGAAAGCAACGUGGGAUAAAUUAUUCGAUCCUCCACAUUUCUUUGACAAAUAUAAACAUUAUAUUGUUCUAUUGGCGAGAAGUGUAACUGCCGAAGAUCAGCUUGAAUGGUGUGGGCUUGUCGAGUCAAAAAUACGACAUUUGAUAGGUACUCUGGAAAGGAAUCCUCACAUUACAUUGGCACACGUAAACCCGGAGGCAUUUCCACCGUUAGAACCAGAACCGGAGGGUCACUGUUCCAUGUGGUUUAUCGGCUUGCUAUUUGACAAAAGCGAAAAUUUAAACAUUGAUCUAACGUAUGAUAUAAAAUCUUUUGUCGAUUCAAUUCUGAGGCAAGCGGAACAGUUGAGUAUGUUGAAAGAGGGCAUGUGGAUAGAAGCAAAACACGCGAAAAAGAAGGAUCUACACCUUUAUAUAUCUCCUAGUUUGCUCAAACGUGAAAGAAAGAUUUCCGGCAGUGUACAUAAAAACGGAAAUAUUGCUGGAAACGGUAACACUGGUAGUAUUUCGCCACGAAACCAAGGGGAUAUGGUGAGCAGAAAGAGAUCAUCGGAUCAAAAUCCAGACACAUGUGGAAAGAAACGAAGAGUCAACGAUGCUGAACAACCAGUAACACAUGGAGAAGAUGGGUCAUUAGUGGUUCAGUCUUGCGGAGAAGAUAGCAAUUCCGGGUUUAGCUUGGAUGAAUACAAACAAACGUUGACAGCUACUAAGGAUGUAAGACAUUGUACAUAUAAUGAACAAUAAUCAUCAUAUAACAGGAUUAGGAAGGGCCUACUGGUGCAUCUGCAGUAGCACAGGAAGGAUAUGUUUGCACUUGACCACUGCAGGAUUACUACCUCACGUCAAUCCACAGAUGCUCUUCUGGGCCAUCUAGACUGUAAUCACUUCUCAUGCAACCAUCCACUGCCCACUGUAAGUCCCCCGUUUCGUAAAAACAAAGCAACGUCAUGCGUUGGAGAAAACUACCCGUUGGAGUCAAUCGAUGCACGACUGUGUGACAGACGCUCUAAUUUUAGUAUUUAUGAACAACAUCAGCAGUCAAUGGGAACAAUUAUGCUACGAACGAAUGAUUGUGCCAGUGUCUGUGAUGUUAUUUUUUUAUCGUAAACCGUGUUAGUAAUUUCGGAAAGUAACGAUCGAAAGGAUAGAAAUAACGAAACUUCAAA